UUAUUUGCUUGGUUACUUAUUUAUAUAGUAGCUUAUUAACAUGCUUGCCCACUUGAGGGGCCGUGGUAGAGAAUGGCCGAAGUGACCCUCGCAGCCCUUCCUGUCAGCUGGUAUCCUGCGGCUCACAACCAUGGUCUUCUAUUUCACUAGCAAUGUUGUGGACCCUCCAGUCAGACUGUUCAUGGGAAAUGACAAAUAUGAAAACGAGGACCUUAUCAAGUGGGGCUGGGAGGAAGAUGUGUGGUUCCAUGUGGACAAAGUUUCAUCAGCCCAUGUCUACCUCAGGCUCAAUCCAGGCCAGACUAUUGAUGACAUCCCCAUGGCAGUGAUAGAAGAUGCUGCUCAGCUCUGCAAAGCAAACAGUAUCCAGGGCAAUAAGAUGAACAACGUGGAUGUGGUCUACACACAGUGGUCCAACCUGCGCAAAACUCCAGGGAUGGAUGUUGGUCAGGUUGGCUUCCAUAGUGAAAAAGAGGUUCGUAAAAUUCGUCUAGAGAAGCGCAUAAAUGAAAUAGUGAAUCGACUAAACAAGACCAAAGUUGAGUCCCAUCCCAACUUCAGACAAGAAAGAGAAGAGAGAGAUCGCCAGGAACGUAAUUUAGCUAAGAAAGAGCUCAAGGAGAAGCAACAGAAAGAAAAGGAGGAAUUAGAAAGAAGAAAAAAGGAACAAGAGCUCAGAAAUUACACAUCACUGUUUUCAUCUGCCAGCAUGAAGACCAACAAAGAUGCAGCUGAUGAGGAUUCUGAUGAUUUUAUGUGAUAUUCCAACAAGCAGUGUGUUGACCUAUAAGGGUGCAUGUUGUUAAAACCAUGAACUUUUGUUACAUGGGAUAUCAAAGGAAUGCAUAGAGAAGGCUUUACUCACCAAAGAGGUGACAAUGACACCUCUGCUUUGGUUGUGAUAGUGGUGUAGGCAGAUAGGUAUGACUCACCAUUCACUCAUAUCAUGCAAGGUGGUCAACAGGUGAUAUCUUGUGCCCUUCAAUUGCUGGACUAUAGAAAUUGAAUAUAUAACAUUAAACUUUUUGUAUUUUCUUACAUAUGACAAAAUGGCUCUUUUCUUUUUCUUAUAUAUACUUAUUUAUGGUGUUUUCAAGAGUACUUUUUUACACUUUCAUUUGGCAGCAUAUUGUUAUGGCAAUAAUAAGGAGGUCUUAUCAUUAACUAAAUUACUUUAUAUAUGCUUAAUGUGCAUUAUUUGAAACUAGAUUUUUACUUUUUUUUAAUUCAGUGGACAUUUGAGGGAGAAUGCUGUUUGUGUGCCAAGAUAAUGGGAUGUUUAAGAUACAUUUACAGGUUUUGUGAUAUGGGAUGAGUAUUGUCAGGCUUACUUCUUUGGUUGAGCCCUCAGUAUCAAAACUUUAGUGAUGACAUGAGCAACUGGAAACAAUCUGGACUAACCAAGUUCUUUAGUUCUUGAGAUAGAACUACAUCUCAAGCUAGCUAUACCAGUUAUGACAUGUCAAGUAGCACUGUGGGCAUAUUCCCUCUUCCUGUCCAUGGCCUUCACAUUGGUAGGCCUCAUUGUUGUCAUUAAAAAUGAGAAUAUGGAAAAA